AUGGGAUUUAUAUCAUCGUUACUGUGCUGCUCAUCAUCUCAGAGUGGGAACCAGCGGGAAAAAGCUAACGGAAAGAGGCCACUUACAGCACAACAAUCUAGGAUACACACGGCGCUGUCAAACUCAACCCGGCAGAUGAACACAGCGCCGUCGCGAAAUGAUGGAAAGCCUGCGGGCGAAGCAAAAGCGACAGGCAGUAGUAAAGCGAUUAGAACGUCUAAGGCGCGGUCUGAAGCACAGGUGGUGAGCAGCGCGCAGCAUGGCCACGCCUCCACGGAGGAGCCUGCUGAAACGGAAGACGAUACGCUCAACAAGGAGGAAAAGCAAGUAGUAAGCGUGUACAAUGGCGAAACUGAAUCAAGCACUGGAACUGCUGAAGACCACGGGUUACUGGCUCGGAAAGCGGCCGGAGGAGCAGGAGAAACAGAUGAGGAGGACGCAGAUGAAGAUGAGGAUCGUAACAGCACAAGUCACGAGGUGACCGCUGUUGUGCACGAAGCAGAACAAUCUUCUAGCGCCGAAGAUGACUCGGACGCCGCCCUAGCUGAACAUCAAGACCGCGAAGGCGAUAUGCAGCGUGCGCCUUCCUACGACUACGACCCGGAAAAUGCUGUUUCAGAGGAAAUGGUGGACUUGGCUGCAUUGCAACCAGACCAGGCUCACGCGCCCGGAGUUAACACUUUGCUGCCGGUAAAGACCGAGCAGUUUAGUGGCAAAAAGUGCUUGGUGCUUGACCUGGACGAGACCCUAGUGCACUCUUCUUUCAAGUUCCUGCGUACGGCUGAUUUUGUCAUCCCAGUUGAAAUCGAUAACCAGGUUCACAACGUUUAUGUCAUCAAGAGACCGGGUGUUGACGAUUUUCUGAGGCUUGUGGGGCAGCUCUACGAAGUUGUAGUGUUCACUGCGAGUGUGUCGCGCUAUGGUGAUCCACUAUUGGAUGUGCUAGACCAAAACCACUGCAUACACCACCGCCUUUUCAGAGACUCCUGUUACAAUUACGACGGCAAUUACAUCAAAAACUUGUCUCAGAUCGGUAGACCGCUCAGUGACCUAAUAAUCCUUGACAACUCUCCGGCGUCCUACAUCUUUCACCCGCAGCAUGCUAUCCCCAUUUCCUCAUGGUUCUCGGACGUACAUGAUAAUGAACUGCUUGACAUUUUGCCACUGUUGGAAGACUUAGCAGAAGAAAACGUUCCUGACGUGGGAAAAAUUUUGGACGUCACAAUAUGA